ACUGCCAGAGUCUGUAAGGAAAAAAGAUAGAGAGGAGAGGAGAGGAGGGAAGAGGAGAAGAGGCCAAAAAGAUAAGGCAGAAAAAGAGAAGAGAAGGAGUCAUAGGCCAAGUUAAAAUGAGGACGGAAAGGAAAAGAGAUGAGAUGCAAAGAGAAGAAGACAGAAUAUGCAGAGUCACCAAACGGGAGAGCCGCAGCAGCAGUCCAGCGAUACAAACAUCUUUGAUGACACAGACUUAAGUACCUCAUGGAGAUGAACCAAACACUCCUGACAGAAUCAGAGGAAACAAGAAGAAAGAGCUGCUCUGGAUCCAUUUAGUCAGCUUUCAACAGCUGAAAAAAACAACCAGGAAUCCCUAAAGAAUUUUCCUGAAUGACUAACGAGCGGAGGACACGAUCCUGAAUCCACUAGUUUCAUCUGAGGAAGACAAGACAGAGGAAGAACUUCAAGUGUGACUGAACGACCUCUCAGGCUCAACCACGAUGCCAGAGCGAAUAAAUGACUUCCAGGGCCAGAGCUAUCACAAGCUGAGACGGGCAUGCCUGCGCCGAGGUGCACUCUUCAAGGAUCCUCUAUUCCCUGCCACCAACCAGUCCCUCUUUUACAAGAGAGAGCCCCCGCCGGGACUGACCUGGAAGAGACCGCGGGAGAUAUGUAAGGAUCCUCGUCUGUUUGUCGACGGCAUCAGCACUCGGGACUUGCACCAGGGCAGUCUGGGUAACUGCUGGAUGGUGGCAGCCAUUUCCUGCCUUGCUUCCGAGCCGUCACUGUGGAAAAAGGUCAUUCCUGACCAUGUGGACCAGGAGUGGAACCCCAAGCGUCUGGACCUGUACGCAGGAAUCUUUCAUUUCCGGUUCUGGCGCCUUGGCCGCUGGAUGGAUGUGGUGGUGGACGACCGUCUGCCAGUCAGCGGAGAUGGAGUGCUGCUCUUCUGCCGCUCAGCCACACCACGAGAGUUUUGGAGCGCAUUGCUUGAGAAGGCCUACGCCAAGCUAAAUGGGUGCUAUGAGGCCUUGGAGGGAGGAAACACUGCAGAGGCCCUGAUCGACUUCACUGGUGGUGUUUCUGAGCCUUUCAGUCUGGAUCGGGAGGCUCUCAGCUUAAACGGCGACCAGAGGAGAGCUUUCUUCCAGACGUUAGCUAAAGUCCACGAACGCAAAUCCCUCAUCACCUGCUCCAUACGGCCGGCAGAGGGGGAGACAGUGGAGUCAGUUUUGGAGUGUGGGCUCGUGCGAGGACACGCCUACGGGAUCACAGCAGUGAGGAAGGUGAGGCUGGGGGAGAAGCUGCUGAAGACAGGCGGGACGUCCCGACUCUUUAUGGUGCGCAUGAGGAACCCAUGGGGGACUACGGAUUGGACGGGCGCCUGGAGUCAGGGGUCAGAGCAGUGGCAACAACUGAGUCGUGCAGAGAGGGAGAAGAUGGGGCUCAUUGUUCGGGAUGUCGGGGAGUUCUGGAUGGAUUUCGAGGACUUCUGUCACCACUUCACUGACGUGGUGGUGUGUCGGCUGGUGGAGAGGGCUCUGCUGUGGCCGAGCUCUCACUGGACAGAAGUGAACUGCUACGGGGAGUGGGCUCUGGCUCCCACCACCCCUGGAGCACCUCCAUCCACCGUGCUCCAAAGCAACUACGCAGUGACUCUGAGAACGAACAACAUCAAACCGGGAGGGACCAAGCAGCAAGGAAACCGAAAGGAGGCCCGACUCAGGGAGAUUCAGCAGGAGAGAGGGAAAAGAGGAAGGUGUGAUCCUGAGAAGACUCGGAAAAGUGCAACAAAGGAAGACGAUGGAGGGGAUGUGAAUGGAGUUUGGGAGGCGCAGAUGGAUAAGAGGAGUCGAUGUGGGGGAUGCAUCAACCACAGGGACACGUUUCUGCACAAUCCACAGUUCAUGUUUGAGGUGCAAGGCAAAGAGGAAGAGGUGCUGAUCUGUCUGCAGCAGGAGGACAGACGGAUAAGGAGGAAAAACGGAGGAGGAGAAAACCUGCCUAUCGGCUUUGAGGUGUUGAAGGUGGAGGUGAAUCGCUGCAGCCGGGUGCAGUGUGUGGUGGAGCAGGCGGCCAGCUCUGUCUACAUGGAUUCCCGCAGUGUGACGCUGAGGGGAACCAUGACGCCGGGCCGCUAUGUUGUGCUGCCCACCACCUUCCUGCCGGGGGUCACCGGACGCUUCCUGCUACGCCUCUUCUCCCACUCUCACGUCAGACUCAGGGAAUUGAGGGAGGACCUGCCAUCUCCCUCUGUGCUUCACUGCUUUCUACCUCAGCCCACCAUAGUGACCACAGUCCAUCUCCGCAGGGCGUCAGGACUCAGCCCACCCAAACAGAAAGCUCCAGACGUUUACGCUGUAGUGCGAUGUGAGAACGACACCAUCAGGACACGGGUGUUCAAGGAGGAAGGAAACCCCGAAUUCAAUCUCAGGACCAUCUUCUACAGGAGAUACCCCAACAUGCACAUCUCUGUCGAGUUAUGGAACAGAGGCCUGCUGUGGGACUCGUUGCUCGGCAGGGCUCGACUCCAGACGGCCGAGUCUGAGAGGAGUCGGAGCCUUGCAAUCGAUGUGCGAAGUGGACGGACUUGUUCAGGAUUCAGAGGUUGUAUCUACGUUGAGACGUCCUCCAGUGUCUACCUCACAGACUUGUGACAGCAGCUCUCCGGUUGCCCUGGUAACCAUUGUCCUCUCAGGUGGAAGCUGAUGAACAAACAGCAGUUAACUAAUAAAAAAAACUUCAUGGACAUACAACAAUACUGGGCUAAACAGUUCCUAAAAAUAUGUAACUAAUAACUAAGGUGCUGUUGCUGCUUUGAUAUGUUUUGCAUUUAUACUGUAGAUGUAUUUUCAAACCUAAUUUAGCAAAUAUUUAAAAGAUGCUUCCUGUUGAUCUGCUGGGCAGAUAUACAGUACGGCAUUUAUUACUUCAGCAGCAACAACAAAAGCGGAGCUGCUGCCAAAACUACUUUUUUUUGUGUUAUUUAAGAGUAUUUAUCAAUGGUAUUAUUGUCAGUGCGUCAGUUUUUUUUUUGUUUGUUUGUUUUUUUGUUACUGUUAUUCAGUUAUUAACAAAUUUAAAUGUAAAUACACAAGUCACAUUUGAAUUUUCUUAUGAUUAAACAAUCAACAUUGUU